AUGCUUCAAGACUCAGCAUCAUUCCUUACAGAGACGUCAAGAGUCAGAUGCCUGAGGAAAAUUGGGCUGCGCAUGGCGGCGUUCAAGCUUGCGAUCUAUGUCAUUCACGAAAGGCAGGUGAAAUGCGACCGUAAGGAGCCUUGCUCAAAUUGCGUAACAGCUAAAGCCAAUUGCCUCCGCAAUAGGCACAAGCGAGCACCGCGCCCAAAACCCCGAACUGAUGAUAAGAUACAAUCUCUCGUACAAAGACUCUCAAGUCUUGAAGAUUCCGUGCGUAGCAGCCAGCGAACCGCCAGCGCCUUGCCGGACCACAAUGGAACGGCAUCUCCAGAUGGCGUUCCAUCCGAACGACCUCGGAAGCGAAGGCGCACAGGAAGCCCGAUAACCGAAGCCACUUCUGUGAUAACCCCAACCCCAGAUGUAGACUCGACUCAACAGACAGCCAAUGAAGCGCGGCACCUGAUCAGUAAGGAACUCUCGACUAACGGACUGCUCUCUGUACACCAGCGUUCGGUGCUCGAAACGGCGAUAUCCUUUGUUGAUCAGCUGUCUCACGCUCCCGUGCCAACUAUUACGGACCGCAGCACUUUUGACAGGUCGAUGCAUGUCUACAAAGAAAUAACACAAGGCGAGAUCCUUCAUGUUAUUCUUGGCACUGAGACCAGAACGUUCGAUGACUCUACUAUCCAUUUUCACGCACUUGACCAUAUUCCACCGAAAUCUGUCGAAAAAAGCGCUCUGGCUUUGAUGGAAGGCAGUGCUGGCGAGGAGACCAUGUUGUUGUACAAGAUUAUCAUCCAUUUCAAGGCAGCCGUCGUCCUUUACGGCAACCAGCUGCAAGGACCGAAAAGCCCGGCAGUACAGAAGCAUAUCAGACAAAUGGAGUACGAUCAUCUCACCGCAGCACUCACUGCUCUUGACAGUAUCAGCUUCUUGACAACACCAUCGCUCCUUCUAGUCCAAGUUUUGAUCACUGGGGCUAUAAUGAUGCAAAUCCUGGGCAACCCGGCAAGUUGUUGGGAAAUGAUAGCCUAUGCUUCACGAGCAAUCGUUGCCCUUGGCUACCACAACAUUAAUGACACUGAGGUGAAGAGCGAGCUCGACGAAGAAAUACAUGCAGCACUCGCUUGGUGCGCUCAAUUUGAUAGUUGCAUGAGUCUACUGUUACUACGGCCCAAAUCCCUGCCACCACUUCACGUCAAGAUAUCGUCCUUGGUCAAGCCCGACCCUGCUAAUCCAAUGGCCGUUUUCGAAUUCAUGGCCAUGGAAAUGGUCCCCGUGCAUGACAAGAUCUUGGAGCUAACAUUAGAAUCAUCAAAAAAAUCAGCGACGUCCCUGAAAGAGGAGGUAGCGUGGCUAAGAAAAGAAAUGACGAAUCUCUACAGUUUAAUGGAGCAGAAUCGCCCUUCAUAUCUCAUCGACACCCAUGUGGACAUUCUCCUCCAUUGGAAGUGUCUCGAGUUCAAGUACUUUUCCACCCUGACUUCCGUCCAUCGCCUGAGCCCAUCGGUCACAACGCAUCCAUCUGAGCGGGAGGAGUGUCUCCAGAGCGCUCGUAAGGCUCUAGAAUGCGUCAAGUUCAUCGAAGAGGUUGGGAAGAGCCUGGGACAUUUCAUAGAAGGAUACGAUCCUUAUCUAGCGUGGACUCUUCUCUCCUAUCCUCUUUGCCCCUUUUUCGUUGUCUUUUGCAACGUAGUUGGUACGUCUAAUGCUCAAGAUUUCCAACUCCUUCAGGAUGUAACCGACGGCAUCUCGACGCUGGUCACCGAGAACAAGUACGUCCACCGGCUCCAUCGGCUGUGUGCCACACUACUUGGUCUCUGUAAGCCUCUCGUGCAAACGACAGGUUUGAAUGGAGAUCUACACGCUGGAUUUGAAGCUGGAAUUACGACAUAUGCCCCACCGUCAUCUUUCGGUACAGCUCAGGAUGUCUUGGAUGAGUCCAAAGUCGACGACAGUAACGGUGAUCUUCUGCCAUGCUCGUGGAAUGACGACAUGAUGUGGCAGCUGUUUCAGUCGCAGCCCUCAUUGGACUGGUUCAACGCAGACAUACUGGAUCCAGCUUGGGACGUUAGUCCGCCCAAGUAA